AUGAAAGCGCCUGAGGGGCACGGGAGCAGAGCGGGCCUCACGCUCGUCUGCGUGGCGGACUCGAAGCACUUGCCACUCUCAGAGAAAUGGGAAGCCUGUGCCGGCUGUCCGGGCGGCAGACGGGUCCUCCGUCCUGUCGGCCUGCUGGUCACACCGGGUGUCGCUCUGCUCCCUGCGCUCGGGACGGCCGCCGGCACGUCCACAACAGUCACAGUCCUAGAACAUGCUGGUCUGUCUCGCUGCGAGAGUGACAGUGCUUUAAAGAUGAAACACGGUGCCUGCCAAAGAAGAUCGCAUUUUCGCCUCUAA